CCAGCCUGACUAUCAGCCUGUGUGGGAUUACCAAACGGGACAGGUGCCUGUUGCGGGAUAAACUGACUACCAGCUUGCAUGGACUCACCAUACGCGACAGGUGCCUGUUGUUGGUAAUGGCCUAACUGACUACCAGCUUGCAUGGACUCACCAUACGCGACAGGUGCCUAUGGCGGGGGAUAGCCUAACUGACUACCAGCUUGCAUGGGAGGACCAUACGAGACAGGUACCAGUGGCGGGGAAUAGCCUAACUGACUACCAGCUUGCAUGGGAAGACCAUAUGAGACAGGUGCCUGUGGUGGGGGAUAAAAGACAGGUGCCUGUGACAUUGAGCCACUUUGAGCACCACCGUGAUUUCCACCACGAUUUCCACCACGCUUUCCAACGCCAGAACCACCACGAUUCCAUCGCGAUUUCCAACGCGAGAACUACUACCAACCGUUCUCACUUGGGAGAUGGAGUCACUGGCGACUUCAGAUCCAGGCCUAACAUUCAAGCUGGCCUCAUUCUGCUUAGCUAGCUUGCGAGGAAGAGUCAGAGCUCCCUUCUCGCCAAAACUCUGUUGAACCGAGAGAGGGGAUUCGCCGGACCGCAUCGAAAAGUUUCCGAAGUUUUGGUGCCAUGCCUGGGGCUGCAUCCAAUCAGUAUUCCAUGGUCUCAUGAGAGUCAUCCAGCUAGGAUCAGGAGUAACAUUGUCGAACUGUUGAACGCCUAGCGCAUCGAAGCGUCCAGCAGCAAACUUCCCAGACUGUGGCAGCUUAGCAUCAGUAGCUGCAUUUAGGAAGAUCUCGAAGCUUGGAGCCAGCUCCCAGAGUAACCAUGGGAUGUUGAAAGAGGGUCGGCCUUGGCGAAACUUGACCAAAUAAUUCCACGCCUGUCUGCGAGUCCACUUGUGUAGAUCUGGACAGGUCCUCAAUUCAUGAUCGACUGUGUCACAGAGUGGACAACCCGGAAUAGUCCCAUCGCGGGUCAAUGGGCCCAUACAUCGUCUCAAUGUAUGACCUGCCAUCAGACAGUUAGCACACUGCCUUGGCUCUCUGGCCGCUGGUUGAAUCACGUCGUCGUCGAUCCUUAAAAAAUGGAUGUUGUUGUAAUGAAGAACAAGGAUUCAAUUGUGCGACGGCCGCGAUGAUAUCCAAAUCGAACUUGCACCGUUAGCGCGGCUUCGACGCUAGUGAACUUAGCGCCGCCAAGCCGUGCUGUGUAAGAACCCUGGUCAUUGCUCUAUACACGUCAUCAAAAGUCAUUAUGCCAGAAGUCUAGCACAACUUAAUUGAUGGUCCUAUUUUGUCUAGGUUAAUAAGGAGUGAAAAGUAUUAAUUAUUCUAAACCACCUAGGUAUUCGUACAAUUGGUUUAGUUGUGUGAGGUCUUUAGGAUUCUAAUUUUAUAACUCAGGUUUGCAGUACAGAGUAAUGCCCGCCUCUUUUAUAUCAAAAAUACUUUCGAGACCUACGACACUCGUCAAGUACAACACCAUCAACCUCAACCAUGCCACCCCCCACAUCCCAGUUCUUCCCCGGUUCCGUUCAGCCUUACGUAUAUUGUACUGCAUUCGUUGACAUUCGGCAGGAUCACAUUCGCAAUGGCGAUCUGCCAACCCCGGCCGCAAGGCGUGAUUUCACUGUGCGGUACGGUGACCUCUUUGCGGAGUGCGAGGCCGCUGAGCCGGACCAGCCCUUCCGUGCUAUUUGGAUGGCGGAUAGUCUAAUAUUUAGACAUCUCGGUAAGUGAUUGAGUUAAAUCGAUUGAUCAAGGCUAACGUUGACUGUCGCAGAUCCCCAAAAGGCUGAGGCUGAUUUCAUCACCCUCUACGGCCCCCAACCACGACCGAUGACACAGGAUGAGAUCGAUACACGAAAGGCUCUACACGGACCCAAUGUAUCUUUUGCACCAAUUAAAGUUCGGUCUGGAGCCAGAUCUUCUACGUCGAGUGAUGAAAAAGGUACUGGUAAGGGCAAGGCCAUGCCGUCAGGUUUAUUAUCUACGUCUGAAGGCGGCUCGUCUUCCUCUCGCGCUCGCCAGACAGGUGGUACGAAUGCCAAAACCCCCCCCCAAAGGCCGAGGAGGCCGCCAUCGUGAAGGUGGAGGCGGAUAUUGAGUAGCGCGUUGCUGCUCUUUGGUUGUGUUUGUUUUCCUGGGGGUGGUAGGAGAGGUGCGAGAAUCUUUUGAUUCUAGAGGGAGG